AUGAGUUCAGCAGAAGAAUACCUUGAUUUGAACUUGAUCCAGUCUUUAAGAGCAGAGAGCGAGAGAACUGAUGAGUGGACAAAACUUGCAGAGAGAGUAGUCAACGUGUUCAGCAGAGCAGAAAACCUGAGCUCAAGCUUCUUGCAGAUGGAUAUGAACGCUGCUUUAGUGUGUCCAGUGGAUAAAAUGCAAGUACAAGAGGGUAUCCAUGAGUUACUGGAGUCUUCACCCUUGAUGAAAUCUACUAUUGUCGUUCGAUCAAAACGUUUGCUGAGUAGCAUGACGCGAAGCAAGAAACAGGACAUGGAACCCAAAUAUCUCAAUAUCUUUAUCAUCCUAUUCCAGUGUGAUUUUCUUCUAGAUGAUCAAUUGGAUACAAGUGCAUUUCCAGAGCUCUGUGAAGCAAUUGUGCAUCUGAAUACAGACUUACAAGAUCAAUUAUGCCGCUACUUGAUAGAGCCAAUAGCUGCCAACGAUGAAAGUAUCAUGCACAUUGAUAUCACCAAAGAGGAUUACGCUCAGCAGUUUAGAAAAACGCUUGGUCUGUUUCAGCGAUUUGUGCGUAAAAGACUCCUGUAUCGCUCGCCCUCCUCCAAUGCCACCAGCAGCGGGUUUAGCCCCAAUUCAGAUCCUUCCGUGAUUGAUGCUACAAAGUGCAUUGCAGCCUUAUAUCGACUCAAUGAACUGGAAAAGUAUGUUUCUUACACAGACUUCUACAAUGAUGCUGUCAAUGAGCAAUUAGAGAUCAAAGAGGAUUUUCCCAAUUUCAAGGACAAGAAGGGGUUCUCCUUUUGCGAUUAUCCAUUCAUGCUAAAUCCUGCUGUAAAAGCAGAUGUCCUCAAGGUGGAGAGUGUGUUUCAGAUGCGACACGAAUUGCAGGAUGCAUUUUUCAGGGCAUUAUUCCAAGGUGUAAAUAGCCCUUAUUUGGUGCUAGAAAUUCGUCGUGAUCAUAUCAUAUCAGAUACACUAUUACAGCUGGAGGAAAAAUCGAUACAUGACCUGAAAAAGCAACUGCGGGUUCAAUUUCUUGGUGAAGAGGGUGUAGAUGAAGGUGGUGUACAAAAGGAAUUCUUUCAACUCAUCGUGCGAGAGAUAUUUGAUCCAAAAUACGGCAUGUUCACUUUCAAUGAAGAAUCGAGGUUAUGCUGGUUUAGUCCAAACCCGGUGGUAGACGAUAUCAAUAUCCGAGAGUACAAGCUUGUUGGUUUGCUACUGGGUCUAGCCGUGUACAAUAGCGUGAUACUGGACCUGCAUUUUCCACUGGCAUUGUACAAGAAAGUGAUGGAUGUGGACGUAGGCUUACAAGAUCUGAAACAAUUGGAUCCAAGUUUGGGAAAGGGACUGGAACGAUUACUCUCGUUUGAUGGGGAUAUAGAGACUGAAUAUGAUCGCCCAUUUCAAGUGGAUGUGCAGUCGUUUGAUCAUGUGUUUACCUGUGAUUUGAAGCCAUCAGGCUCUAGAAUACAGCUAACUAACGAGAAUCGAUCCGAGUUUGUGGGGUUGUACGCUGAUUUUGUGUUGAGCAAGUCUGUAGAGAAUCAGUUUAAUGCGUUCAAAGAGGGGUUCCAGCUGGUGUGUCAAGACAGCGCAAUCAAGAUCUUCAGACCUGAAGAAGUGGAGCAGCUUAUUUGUGGAAGCUCGGAUCUUGACUUUGAGGCUUUGGAGACAUCGACCGUGUAUGAUGGAGGAUGGACAAAAGAUUCUGAUAUCAUCAAGUACUUUUGGGAAAUUGUGCACUCGUUUUCCUAUGAAGAAAAGAAGAAGCUGCUAUUUUUUGCUACAGGGUCUGAUAGGGCGCCUAUAGGAGGAUUGAGUAAACUACAGUUUGUUAUUGCAAAGAAUGGUGGUGACUCUGACAGAUUACCCACAUCUCACACAUGUUAUAAUGUACUGCUUCUGUGUGAAUAUAGUAGCAGAGAAAAACUGAGGGAAAGACUGCUAACAAGCAUCAGCAAUGCAGAAGGAUUUGGCAUGAUUUGA